ACAAGGACCUGUACAAGGAGGCCAUGAUGGAGGAGCACCAGCCUCUUAUAUCACAGGAAAAUCCCUGUAAGAAUUCUGAAGGAAACGUCAUGUUAUCACUAAAUUAUGAAGAUGAAGAUAUCCUGCAGCGCUCUUCAGGGGAAAACGUUAUUACCCUUAAUGUACAUCCAAGACUUCACAGUACAGAUCUGUCAUAUAAUCCCCCUAAUCAUAAGGAACCUUCUCCUGGCCAACCACAGAUUGUUACCACAAGUAUAGGUCAGAAAGCGGGUGAAAGAUUUCAGUUUCGUACUGUGGAGAAACGUUACUCCUGUUCAGAAUGUGAAAAGUGCUUUACCGAUAAAUCAAAUCUAAUUAGGCAUAAAAGAAUUCACACAGGAGAGAAGCCGUAUUCAUGUUCAGAGUGUGAGAAGUGCUUUACAGAUAAUUCACAGCUUGUUAUACAUAAGAGAAUUCACACAGGAGAGAAGCCGUAUUCAUGUUCAGAAUGUGGGAAAUGUUUUACAAUGAAACCACAACUUAUUGCACAUCAGAGAAUUCACACAGGAGAGAAACCAUAUUCGUGUUCAGAAUGUAAGAAGUGCUUUACUAAUAAUUCAAAUCUUGUUAGACAUAAGCGAAUUCACACAGGAGAGAAACCAUUUUCAUGUCCCGAAUGUGGGAAAUCAUUUACACAAAAAUCUGAUCUUGUGAAACAUGGUAGAAUUCACACAGGAGAGAAACCAUAUUCAUGUUUACGGUGUAGAGGAUCCUUUACAAGUAAAUCAAGUCUUCUGAGACAUGAAAGAAAUCACACAGGAAAGAAGUCAUCCUCAUGUUCAGAAUGUGGCAAAUCCUUUGCACAAAAAUCAGAUCUUGUUAAACACGUGAGAAUUCACACAGGAGAGAAGCCAUAUGCAUGUUCAGAAUGUGGGAAAUGUUUUACACAAAAAUCUGAUUAUGCUAAACAUGAGAGAAUUCACACAGGAGAGAAGCUCUUUUCGUGUUUACGAUGUAGAAGAUCCUUUACAGGCAAAUCAACUUUUAUUAGACAUAAGAAUAUUCACACAGGAGAGAAGUCAUAUUCAUGUUCAGAAUAUGAGAAAUGUUUUACAGAUAAAUCAAAUAUGGUCACACAUGGGAGAAUUCACAUAAGAGAGAAGACGUAUUCAUGUUCAGAAUGUGGAAAAUUGUUCAUUACUAAAGCCAAACUUAGGGAUCAUCAGAGAAUUCAUACAGGAGUGAUGCCGUAUUCAUGUUUAGAAUGUGGCAAAUGUUUUAUUACUAAAGCACUAUUUAGAGAUCAUCAGACAAGUCACACAGGAGAGAAGCCAUUUUGAUGUUUAUUACAUGAAAAAUGUUUUACAAGGAAAUACGGUUUUGAAAAUUAACAGAGAAUUCACACAAAGCAGUUCCCUGAAUCCAAACAAGAAUAUGGUUUCCUCUCUAAGAACAAACAUUA